AUGGUGGAGCUGAUGGAGAACAAGAAGAGCCAGGUGCUGAACCUUGAGCGUGUGCAGGCGCUGGAGACGUGGCUGAAAACAACUAAUACAAAACUGACUCAAGUGAAUGGGCAGAGAAGAUAUGGAGGACCACCUGAGGUGUGGGACGGUCCCACCCCAGGAGCCCGCUGUGAGGUCUUCAUUAGCCAGAUCCCACGGGACGCCUACGAAGACCUGCUGAUCCCCCUGUUCAGCUCCGUGGGCCCGCUCUGGGAGUUCAGGCUCAUGAUGAACUUCAGUGGGCAGAACCGCGGCUUCGCAUACGCCAAAUACAGCUCGUCAGGUGUCGCUGCUGACGCGAUCCGCCUGCUGCACGGCCACAUGCUGGAGCCUGGCUUCCGCCUCAGUGUCCACCGCAGCACAGAGAAGAGACACCUCUGUAUCGAAGACCUGCCAGCUACCACUAGGCAAGAGGACCUACUGCAGGUGCUGCGUGUGCUGGCAGAGGGGGUGGAGAGAGUGUCUCUGAAGGCGGGGGCUGGUAUAGAGGGGGUGUCAGCUAUAGUCGCCUUCUUAUCCCACCACACUGCUUCUAUGGCCAAGAAGAUGCUGGUGGAAGCAUUCAAGAAGCAGUUUGCGCUGACCGUCUCAAUCAAGUGGCAGUCAUCAGUGAACUCGAGCUCUGACGAGCCGCUGCCUCCACAGAAAUCUUCAAUGAGCCUCCUGGCUUCACCCCUGAGGCCGCUGCACCACAUCCUGAGUUCUCCUCCGCCCUCAGUCCUGCCCCCUCGUCUGGCCCGCCAUCCAUCCAUCCCUCCAGGUUUCUGCAGAGCAGUGGGAGGACCCGCUGUAUCCCGACACUCCCCCUGCUCCUCCACCUUCUCCUCUGAGGGGGGACAUCUAGUUUCUGCAGCAGCCCCAGUGAUGCUCCUGCAGAAGGUGUGUGAGGCGACUGGGGUCGGCCAGCCACUGUAUGAGAUGUACUGCAGCCAUGCUGGGCCAGAUGGAUACCUCUACUUUAUCUACAAAGUGUGUAUCCCUGGGAUAACUGUGCCAUUCAAAGGCCUGGUCAUGAUCUUGCCGGGACCCACUCCCACCAGUACGCUGGAGGAAGCUCGGCAGGCUGCAGCCCAGCAGGUCCUGCAGAGGGUUCACGGUAACCAGCUCUCCCACUGA